AUGGAUCGAUCUUGGGUGCAUAGCAAAUUGUUUUCUCCAGAGCACAUUGAUGGUGUGAAAGAAUUUAUGAGCUUCGUUCGUGAAAAAUUCAGUGAUAAGGUUGAGAUUCUGUGCCCAUGUGGUAGAUGCCUUAAUCAGAAGUAUCAAUGUCAAGCUAUAGUGAAGAAGCACAUAUUGAUUAAUGGAAUGGAUAGUAGUUAUACUCGAUGGAUUCAUCAUGGAGAGAACUCGGAUGAAGAUGUUAUUGAUGAUCCUAUUGAUGUUCAUGACAUAGAUAUGAGAGAUGAUGACAACUAUGGUGUUGAUCCUUUAGAAGCGGUUUUAGGCGACCUAAACACUGCUGAAGAACAAACAAGACAUGAUGGAGAAAAUCUAGAAGCUGAUGCAGAACCUGAUGAACAAGAUUCAUUUUUCAAAAUAGCCAUGAGAGAGGCAAAGCGUCAACUUUAUCCUGGUUGUACAAAAUUCUCAAGGUUCUCUUUUGUGGUAAAGCUGCUUCAUAUGAAGUCAUUAUAUAGGAUAAGCAAUUCUGUUUUUUCUGCAGUAAUGAAGCUAUUGGCUGAAGCAUUCCCGGAAUGGAAUACACUCCCAAAAUCAUAUAAUGAAGCAAAGAGUCUUCUAAAGGAAUUAGGCCUUGGAUAUGAAUCAAUACAUGUGUGCUCCAAUAAUUGUGCGCUAUUCAGGAAGAAAUAUGCCAAGCUUGACAAUUGUCAUGUUUGUGGUCUGUCAAGAUGGAAGGACCCAGAUAGGAAGAAGAUACCACAAAAAGUAUUGCGGCAUUUUCCACUAGCACCUAGGUUAAAAAGGAUGUUUGCAACCAAAGAAGCAUCAGAGGAAGCACAAUGA